UUCUCCAGCCUCUCUCCAAGUCGCAGCUCUAUUGCAAGAACAGAACCCGAAGAGGAAAAUAAGUUACAGAAUGUAGAACAUACAUUAACAAACGAACAGUCAGCGGUUCUGGCCAAAGUUAAAAUUGUAGAAUCUUCCACUGCCAUAGGAAGUCCACAACAUGAUCCAAAGAUUCCACAACAACAAACAAGCUCUCCCGUCCCUCCAAGACGCAGGAGUAUUGCUAAAGAAAAUAAGAUCCAGAUUGUUGAACCGAUAGUGAAAGCUCUUCAAAUUGAUGAAUCUACUAGUUCUUCAGUUGAUAUUGUAUCAGAAGCAACGAAAACUGAAUCAAAGAUUAUAUCUUCAUCUAUAGUUACAGGACCAAAUGAUAAACAAGCUGUUGAAACUAAAACAGUUACAUUUAUUGAAAGUUCACAAACUGAGCACAAAAUCCCAGAUCAAAUAAAUCUACCGAAGCCGACAACUUCAGAACUGCCCCUUGUUGAAGAAACUAAGAUAGCGAAUACAGAACACACUUUAACAAACGUGGCGGUGACUGGAAAUUUGCCUGAAGAUAAAAUAAAUAGACAACCUCUAAGUCAAUCAAGUGAACGCAAAGGCCUUAAUAAUCUUUCAACUGCUCAAAAGUAUUGUUUCAAAGAAAACAACAACGCUGAGAAUUACGAGUACUUAAACAAGCCUUUGACAAUUUUUGAAAACUCUGAGAGAAAAUCAGAACGUCCUGACGAUGGAGGAGCACAACCCAAACCAAAAUCAGUCAAGGAAAUUAUUGAUUCAAUCAAUCGGAGUCAGAAACUGCUCAAAGAUAGUGCAGCAAAGGGAACUACGGUGUAUUCAACCGCUUUAUACACUGAAAACAACAAUAUUGGACCGAUAAGUAAUCAAAGAAGUUCGCAGGUGCCUCAGGAGAUAUCUCCAAAUAUAUCAACGGCCAGCAGCUCGGGUGCUCCGUUGGAAAAUGAGCAGCAAGUGGAACAAAACUAUUUUCAAAAAAGCAAAAUCAAUAAAACCGCCUUUCAAUAUCGUGAGUCUUCCCCAACAGCGUUAAAUUUAGAUUGGAAUCCUCUGCCAAAACCAAAGAGAAUUAAUAACGGUUCAUCAACUUAAAAUAAAUUAUUCGAUUGUAUAUGGCUUUAGAAUUGCAUAAUUCAAUAGUUUUAGUUUCAAAUUAAUUUCUGUGCUAUGAAAUGUCCAAAAAAAAAAAAGCUUUGUAACUUGUGUAACUAUAUUUUUUGUAUGUAAUAAAUGUAUGAUAUGUGUAUCAGUUUGAUGGAUCUACUUGAUGUUUUCUAUUUAUAAAUUCUGGCUCCCAGUUUAAGAUGAAUUUUAUGAAUUCAAGACUAAGUAACGAAUAUACAUAUUUAUGUAAAGCAAUCAAGGUUCAAAAAUAAUACUCCCAUGUUAACGUCUCCAAGGUAGUCUUGGCACCUACAGGGGGUUUGUUUUUCAUACAUUUUCAGUGAAAUAAAGUCUUUAUUUAAAUGUCAUAAAAUUUACUUAUAAACUUAUGUAUAAACCAUCUAAAAUGCAUUAUAAGUACAUAUGUUGUUGGAAUAAACUUAGCUGUCCACGAAAAUUAUUCAAAUGUAUAUUUGUUGUUUUGACUGUAAUUAUGUUUAUUAUAGUAUUUUGUUUAAUGAUUAAAUGGUCUUACAUGAUAUAAUCCCCUGAUCAGGAUAUUGAAGUG